CGCCCUCGCUCUCAUCUUAACCAUCCACACUUAGUCUUCAUCAUCGCUCAGCUACGCUUAACUGAUCCAACGAUGUUGAAGCAAGCAGUUCUUCAACCGUCCCUCCUCUGCUUCCCGCUCCACCCCUCACUCCCCGGCGCCAGAGCCUCCAGCGUCGUAGCAUUCAGCCAACAUCGGCAGUGGUGGAGCCAGAGCCGCCAGAAUAACAGAAACAAUAACAACAAGGUGCGCUGCCCCGUCGCGGCCAACGAGUACUCCUCGCCCUCGUUGUUGGAGCAACCAACCUUCGUGGCCAAGUCGAGGCGACCGGCGAAGACCACGGUCACCGUCCUGCUGACGAUCGGAGGAGUGUUUGCGCAAACGGAGACCACGCGGGAGCUCGACGAUAUUAACGGUAUGAACGGGCAGACUCUGCAGCUCAAGCUCGUCAGCGCUGACCUUGACCAUACAGGAUCGGAGAAGAAGACGGGGGCGGCGUUCGCCCACGAGGCCAAGCUUGGAAUCGGUAGCAUCACAUACGAAGCAACUUUUAGCGUUCCGGCAAAUUUUGGAAAGAUCGGAGCGGUCGUCGUCCGGAAUGAGCUCGACAACGAGCUGUUUCUCAAAGACAUAGUUCUCAAGAUCGACGGCGAUGAUUCCGCUCCUCUUUUGUUCGAUUGCAAGUCGUGGUUGCACUCCAAGUUCGACAGAGUCUUCUUCACCAGCAACAAGUCUUACCUUCCGUCGGAGACGCCGGCAGGGCUGGUGCGCCUGCGGAAGCAGGAGCUGCAGAUCCUGCGCGGCUACGGCAUCGGCGAGCGGAAGAAGUUCGAGAGGAUCUACGACUACGACGUCUACAAUGACCUGGGAAACCCGGACAGCAACCCCGGGCUGGCUCGGCCAGUCCUCGGUGGCUACGAGUUCCCCUACCCGCGCCGGUGCCGCACCGGCAGGCCGCGCAAUCGCUCAGAUCGUAAAUCGGAGCAGAGGAGCGCAACCGUGUACGUGCCGAGGGACGAGGGCUUCUCGGAGGUGAAGCAGGAGCAGAGUUUGUUGAAGUUGAGGUCGGUGAUACACGAUCUGCUGCCGUCGGUGGAGGCGGGGCUGGUGGACUUGAGGAUGGUCGGCUUCCCUUCCUUCACCGCCAUCGACGCGCUCUUCAACGAGGGCUUGCCUCUGCCGCCCCAAGAUUCCACGCACACCUGCCGCACCAUUGUUCCCCGGCUCGUGAAGGCAAUGACCGCCGGCGCGCAGAAUAUCCUCCAAUUCGAACUGCCUGAAAUGGUCGACAGAGAUAAGUUUUCCUGGUUUAGAGAUGAAGAAUUUGCCCGGCAGACUUUGGCCGGCUUCAAUCCUCUCAGCAUUCAACUAGUCACAGAAUUUCCAUUGGCAAGCAAGCUCGAUCCAAGCAUUUACGGUCCGCCGGAGUCGCUGAUCACGGCGGAGCUCAUUGAAAGAGAAAUUAAAGGAGUCAUGACCGUCGAUGAGGCGUUGGAGCAGAAGAAGCUCUUCAUUUUGGACUACCAUGAUCUGCUGCUUCCGUUCGUGCACAAGGUCCGAGAGCUGGAAGAUUCGACGCUCUAUGCCUCCCGGACUCUGUUCUUCCUCACGCAGGAGAGCACCCUGCGGCCGAUCGCCAUCGAGCUCACGCGGCCGGCUUCGUCGAAGCAGCCGCAGUGGCGGCAAGUGUUCACGCCCUGCUGGGAAGCCACCGGCUUCUGGCUCUGGCGUCUCGCCAAGGCGCACGUCGCGGUCCACGACUCCGUCUACCACCAGCUCGUCUCCCACUGGCUUCGGACUCACUGCUGCGUGGAGCCGUACAUCAUCGCCGCCAACCGGCAGCUGAGCCAGAUGCAUCCGAUCUACCGCCUGAUGCACCCCUACUUCCGCUACACCAUGGAGAUCAACGCCUUCGCCCGCGCGUCACUCAUCAACGCCAACGGCAUUAUCGAGCAGACCUUCUCGCCGGGGAAAUACUCCUUGGAGCUUUCCUCCGCCGCCUACGACAAGCUGUGGCGCUUCGACAUGGAGGCUUUGCCCGCCGACCUCAUCCGAAGGGGGAUGGCGAUGGAAGAUCCAGAGGCAGAGCACGGCCUCAGGCUCACCAUCGACGACUACCCCUACGCUAAGGACGGCCUCCUGAUCUGGUCCGCCAUCGAGCAGUGGGUGGCCGAUUAUGUUGGCCACUACUACCCCUCGCCGGCCGAUGUCGCCGCGGACUCAGAGCUCCAAUCAUGGUGGACGGAGGUUCGCACCAAGGGCCAUUCCGAUAAGCAGCACGAGCCAUGGUGGCCAUCUCUGAACACGCAGGCGGACCUCGUCCGUAUCCUCACCACCAUCAUCUGGGUGGCCUCCGGUCAUCACGCCGCCGUCAACUUCGGGCAGUACCAUUUCGCCGGCUACUUCCCCAACCACCCAUCCAUCGCGCGCGCCAACAUGCCGGUGGAGGACGCCGAGGAGGAUGACUUGGCGGCGUUCCGGGCUAAGCCGGAAGCGGCUCUGUUGCGGUGCUUCCCGUCGAUACUCCAAGCAGCUCAGGUGAUGGCGAUCCAGGACGUGAUGUCGGCGCACUCGCUGGACGAGGAGUACUUGGGAAAGGAUGCGGAAGCUGCGUGGACGAAGAACCCGGUGGUGUACGCUGCCUUCGAACGCUUCAACGGCCGGCUGAGGGUUAUCGAAGGGAUCAUCGACGCGAGAAACGCAGACCCACGUCUGAAGAACCGGUGCGGCGCCGGAAUCGUGCCUUACCAGCUCCUGAAACUGUACUCCGGACCGGGGGUGACCGGAAUGGGCGUGCCGAAUAGCAUCUCCAUUUGAAGCAUCGCCCUUUGUUUUUCCGUUGAUGGUUUGAGCUUCCAAUAAAUUUAGAGCGUAGAAUCUCGUGUCCAAUAUUGUAAAGUAUAAUGGUCGUCGCUGCCGCUGCCGCUGCCUACAAAUCUUUCCAUAAGUAUAUAAAUCAUUCUGUUUGCCUC